GGUACCUCAUCCUCACCUGAAGCGAGCUAGCUAGUUUUCAAUAACUUAUAUUUUCCAUCUCACGUAUCUGCAUUUUGAUAUGUAUAUAGAGAGGAUGAAGCCCAAAGGCUUUCUUCAUGAACAUCCACUGCACUACUUUGAAGAGUGGAGCAAUGAUGUCCACGGUAAGAAAAUGGAUUAUCAUGGUGGUUACAAAUGCACGCUAGCAAAGGAAGAGGAGAAUUGUAAAUUUUUUGCCUUGGACUACAGAUGCCUGACACGGCCCCUUACAGCUGAACAUAGGUUCCACCAUCACGCUCUACAACUCACUUAUGAAGAUCCUUACAAGGAUGAUGAUGGUGAUCCUUUUCAACACAUGUGUGAAAUCUGUGAAGAUAGAAGAGAUCCAAAGCUUUGGUUUUAUCGGUGUGAUGAGUGCGAUUUUGAUGCUCACCCCGAUUGCGUUCUUGGAGAAUACCCAUUCAUCAAGCGUGGUAGCAUUUCUAAUGUUAGAUGUGGUUCUCAUCAACGACCUCUCUUAUAUUUCCAGAGUGAGAAAUAUCCCUUUCCAGAAUGCGAUAAAUGUGGCCAUCCUUGCAAAGAUCAGCUGGUUCUUAAAUGUCCCCACUCUGAAUGCAACUUUGCUCUACAUUUUGAGUGUGCCGUUCGACGACCUUAACAUACGGAGACGGUGGCGGCUUCCAUUUUGGAUAUAUAUAUAGUAUGGUAUAGGCCCUUUUUUUUGAUGUAUUUUGUCUCCAAUGUCCAUCAAUGGUAUUUUUAUCUUUUCCCACUCCAAAACGAUGUUUUCAAAUGUAGUCCACCUUAAAAACCCCUUUCUUUUUGGUUUGUAUCAUGUAGAACACCGAAGGAAAUAUGUAAGAAUGGAGAAGAGAAGGGCCUGUAGCAUUUCUUUUACUACUCUGGUAUGUCUACUCGUCCAACUCUAUUCGUAAUUAUUCUCUCCUUUAGAAAUAUAUACGUGCAGAUCUAUGUAUAUAGCUCAUGCUUCUGAUUCUUCCAUGAAAUGUAUGUAUGUAUUUUGCAGCACAAACCGUAAUUAUAUUAUUGGUUUUACUAUGGGAUGCAUUCCUGUUGCUCAGACCAAUAGGGCACAAUUGCUUUCACUGAUGGGGUGGUAUAUUACCAUGACCAUAUGUGUUUUAUAGUCAAAUUUGCUAUAUUUUUAGUCCACAAAGAGGAACUCCUUGUCAAUUUCUACUAUUGAAAAAAAGGGUCAUUCAGGU